AUGGCUUCUACAACGUUAAAUCUGGCAGAAUACGCCGAAGAUGGUCCUGCUUCCAAGAAGCUGAAGUUGGGUACCGUCGAUUACUCGCCAUUUCAUCCCGGUGCUAUAGUGAAGAUGAGAUUAGAGAAUUUCGUUACUUAUACAUUGACAGAAUUCGAUCUUUCGCCGUCUUUGAACAUGAUUAUUGGUCCUAAUGGUUCUGGUAAAUCUACAUUUGUAUGUGCGGUCUGUCUUGGUCUAGCAGGUAAACCAGAAUUCAUCAAGAGAAGUAAAAGAGUGGAGGAUUUUAUCAAAAAUGGGGAAGAUAGAGGGUCAAUUGAGAUUACUUUAAAGAAUUCUCCCAAGGUCGAAGGUAUGCCUGGUGUAGAUUCGGAAGCUGACACAAUCAAAAUUACAAGAGAGUUGAUCAAAUCCAAGUCUAAAUCCCGAUAUAUGAUAAAUGAUCGUGUAGUUUCUGAAGAAGAUGUUAGAUUGCUUGUAUCGAAGUUGAACAUCCAAUUAGACAAUCUGUGUCAAUUUCUUUCUCAGGAACGUGUAGAAGAGUUUGCAAGGUUGAAAUCGGAUAAGUUACUGGCAGAGACAACUCGAUCCAUAGAUGCAAAAUUACUAGACGUGCUAGAACUUUUAAAGGAUUUACAAGCCAAGGAGAUCAGUUCUCAAAGGGAAUUAGAUUUAAACAAGCAAAAGUACGAUGAAUUGCUAGUUCAAAAGGAGAAAUUGUCGGAAUCUGUAAAGGCUUUCAAAGAACUGGAAUCUAAAAAAAGCGAGCUUGAACUACACCUUCAACUUUUACCUUAUGCCAAGCUAAAAGACCACAAGGAAAAAUUGGCCGAUUAUAAGAGAGAUCUUGAUCAGGCCAAGGCUAAUCUAAAAAGUUUGCGUAAGGACAAAAAACCCUUCAGUAACGCCAAGCAGAAUCUUGAGGAGAGGUUAGAGAUACUUUCAAAUAAAAGGGAUCUCAAAGACAAACAAUUGAAAGAGGACCAAGCAUCUUAUCGAAGAGUUGAACAAGAAUUGGAAUCAAUUAGGGAGGAAAUUGAAAAGAAGGAACAACAAAUAGAAUACUAUCGAAAUAGAACCAAAAAAUUGGAAGAGACAGCAGCAAAAACUAGAGAAGAGUUAGAAAAUAAAUAUAAACUUUUGGAAACAAUUGAAUUACCUUCACAAUCGGUUUUUGAUGAAAUAACGAGCCAAAGACAUGAUUUAAUCCUCAGGGAAGCUAAUUUAAACGAGUCCAUCUUAGAACUUGACAAUAGAGCAAGUGGUAUCAACCACAAUAUGAGACAUUUGGAGAAACAGAUGGAUAACAGAUUAAAUUCGUUAAACAGCAAUGAUAGAAUUGGGGUUUUAGAUCAAAAUCCGGAUUUGAAAGAAGUGAAAGCUGCCGUAUUAUACAUUAGAAGCAGACCUGAGAUGCGCGGCAAAGUAUUAGAGCCGCCAAUAAUGUCUGUUUCUGUGACAAAUCCAGCAUUUGCACGAUAUUUAAAUCACUGUGUGGAUUAUAACACGAGCAAGGCAUUUACCAUAGUGGAUGCCGAUAGCUACGAGCAAUUUAGUGAUGAUGUUUUGAAACGAUUUAAAGUGAACUUGAGAGAGUUAAAUGAUGCUAAUGUGAGACCACCGUUAGAUCGGCAAGUACUAAGGAAUGCAGGUUUCGAGAGUUAUUUGUCAGAUUUUGUCACCGGUGACCAAAAUGUCAUUCGUAUGCUUUGUCAAAUUUGUAAUCUGCAUACCGUCCCAGUUUCCAGAAAAGAGUUAAGUUCUGAACAGUUAUCAAAAUUAUCUAAACCGGCUAAAAAUGGCGAAGUUCUAUUCAGGAGGAUCAUCCAUGGGAACAGAGUUGUCGAUUUCAGAAAAUCCUUAUAUGGCAGCAAGCAAGUAUUUUCAGUGGAUAGUAAUAUCAAAAAUACUCAGUUUUACAACAAAUCUGUCAUGUCAGAGGAACAAAAGACUCGGAUCAAUGAAGAGGUGGCUCAAUUGAAGUCUAGACACGUUGGGCUACGUAAUGAUCUGGAUGAAUUAUCCAGAGAAAAAAAUGAUCUUAAACAUCAACUGAAUGACAAUAAUUUGAAGAAUGACAUGAUAGCCCAACGGGCGCAUUCCCUCAAUGAAAUUAGGAAAAAACACUCACUGACAAAAAGCAAUAUUGAGAGUUUAGAGGUUAAGAUUAGACAAAUAACCUACGAAUCAAAUAAAGAUGUUACACAAAAAAUUAAAGAUGUGGAAGCUGAGAUAUCAACACAACUUCAAAAGCAAACCAGAACUUUACGAGAAAUGGUCUCUCUUGUCGGUAAGAUGAACCAACACCAGAGAGAAUUGGCGGAUGCUGAUAUUGCAGAACUUGAAGCUCAAAAUCUGAAUAUUUCUAUGAACGAUGUUCUUCGUUCCUUCAUUGAGCGGGAAGCAGAGCUCGAAGAAGAAUAUGCUGCCAAGAAAAGGAACGCCAAAGAGAUGCGUGAUACUGAUGAAUAUCGAGAAUGGAAAUCUCAAAUUCAGACUUAUGAUGAAGAAACAAAAGAUAAGGUAAAUGACCGUGCUACCAAUUAUGAAGAGAACCAUAAUUUUAACGUAACUUACAUCCAAGAUAUUAUUGAUAGAUUAGAGUCUGAAAUAGGCAUGCUAAAUCACGAUGAGUCUUCUGUAACUAUUCUAUCACAAGUGGAAAAGCAGCUACGAGGUCUACAAAAAACGUUGCCUCGACAAGUCGAGGAAUUGAACGAAAUAAGAAAUCUCUUGAGAGAGAAUCAGCACGUUUUGGAACCCCAGCUGGAUGCUAUGAUAAGUAAUAUUUCCACAAGGUUUUCCAAAUUAUUUACAAGCGUGGGUAGUGCUGGUACUGUCCAUUUAGAGAAGCCUCACUUGUUUGCUGAAUGGAAGAUUGAGAUUAUGGUUAAGUUUAGGGACAAUGCAGUUCUAAAAAAGUUAGAUUCCCAUACCCAAUCAGGUGGUGAAAGAGCAGUGUCAACGGUCCUUUAUAUGAUUGCUUUACAAGAAUUUACAACAGCUCCUUUUAGGGUCGUGGACGAAAUCAACCAAGGUAUGGAUUCGCGAAAUGAAAGAAUAGUGCACAAGUCGAUGGUAGAAAAUGCUUGUGCAGAAAACACUUCACAGUACUUUCUAAUUACUCCAAAAUUGUUAACGGACUUGUACUAUCACGAAAAGAUGAGAGUACACUGUGUCAUGGCUGGUCCAUGGAUUCCUGAUCCAAUGAAACGGUCAGAUAUGAUUAAUUUUGGACAAACUUCCAAUUACGUAUUUUACUCAUAA